AUGGUGGGACAAAGUCCCGGGGCCAACAUGUUCUGUUUGGAGAAGCCAUGCUUGGAGGGCGGACUUGUUUUGAGCUUCUUAGAGCUUUCCAGCAUCAUUUGCCUUUGGUCGGCCGUGAUUUCAGCUACGGGCCCGCCUCUUUUGCUUGCCUGCGCCUUGAGGAAGGAGCACUGGCGCUUCCUUCCUCUAUGGCGGCACUGGCUCCAAGAUCCAGGACACCGGCCGGCGAUACCCAAACACGACCUGUUUGGAACUGCCACAUUUGCCAUCCAAAUCGGGGUGAUAAACGGAGGGUCAAUGAGUGUCGCGGCAUGUAUUCCUGUAUUCCUGCCAGUCCCAUGGUGUGUUUGGGAUAAGAUGGACGAAAGUUGA